CGAAAUACCUGAACAAGGCAGCAAUCUUCAAGGGUGGCUGUUAGCAUUUGCUUCCGGUUUAGCUUGUUGCAUAGGAGCCUCCGCAGUUUUUUCAGACAUCCUUAUUCCAAAGUUAAAGGUCACUAGACAUAAGCAAAAUUUAAAUUUUAUGGUUGCGUCAUUUGCUCUCGGGUCAGGAGUAUUGCUAUAUUCAAGCUUUUUUACUUUGUUACAUGAAUCAAAGAAACAUUUUAUGGACGCUGAAAUAUCAAAGGGACACUCCAGUUAUUACUUGAUCUUCUUUUACUUUUUGGGUGUAAUUGGAUCCGUUUUGAUCAAUUAUUUGAUUCAUAAUUUCAUUACGGACGAAUCUUUCCAUUCUCAUCAUCACAAUCACCACAACUUUCCUCAAAAUGAAACUCCAAUACACAAAAUUUCAAAAAAAACUUCAAAAAUGAAUAGCUUGAAUCUUGUCGACAGUCAUAGCGAAAAUACACCACUGCUAAAAAAUCACUUUGAUGAACACACUGCUGACAUAUCUAAAGAUGAUUAUUGCAAUUUACAAAAUAUUCGUAAUUUCAAUGAAGCCGACAGCUCAGAAAGUCACCCCAUUUUUGUUGUGGAUAGUGAUACUGAUGAAUCUCCUAUUCCUUCUGGUGAUAGAGAUAAUUGUCAUCAUCAUCAUAAUCACGACCAUUCAAAAUCUGAUCAAGAGAAUGCAAAAUUAAUGCAAAUAGGAAUUCAAACUGCUUUAGCAAUUUCUAUUCAUAAAUUUCCAGAGGGUCUUAUAACUUUCGUUUCUUCUCAAGCGUCUCGUUCCCUUGGUUUCGCCCUAUUCGCCGCUAUUGCUUUACAUAAUAUCAUAGAAGGCCUCACUAUUGCUCUCCCUAUAUAUAUCGCAACACGUUCACGAAUAAAGGCGUUUUUGUACUCUAGCAUUUUGGGUGGUUUUAGUCAACCAUUAGGUGCUCUAAUUGGCUGGCUAUUUCUAAAUGAGUCACUCUUCAGUUGUUGGAAUCACAACUUUAUUUACGGAGCUUUGUUUGCCGCAACCAGUGGUUUAAUGAGUGUUAUUUGCAUCAAUGGAAUGCUGCCUCAAGCAGUCAAACAUGAUACAAAAGAUGGUCAGCUCGUGAGCUUUUUCUUUUUCCUUGGAGUCUUUUUCAUGGGCAUGAGCUCUGCAUUAUUUGAGCAAUCAUAG